UUAGAAACAAAAUGAAUUUUUUGGGGAAGUUUAUCCAAAAUCAACAUUGCAAUAAAAAACAGCUAUGGUUUUAUUGGCACACUCUUAAACCCUUAAAUCCCUUCAUCUCCACUUUCAUUUGUUCCUCACCCCAUGAAUACCCUUAAUCGCAUUCAACUUCUUUCUCCAACAAACAACAAUCAAAUUCUUCAACUGUUUCGCAGAAUCAAACAACCCCAUUUCGGUUCUUCCUUUCUCCAUGCCAGAUCCUUUACCACCAGAUCUUCUUCUUCUUCCUCCUCUUCCUCCGGAGUCGGCAAGUUUAGCAACGGCAACGAUGAAUGGAACGAUACUUGGGAAUCCGCUUGGCUUCCUGAAGACCUUUCACCAAAGAACAAAGCGCCAUGGGAGAGUGAUGUGAACUUCCCGUCUGGAAACACUGCGGUUGUGUUUCCGUCGGAAGUUGAUGCAGACACCAAAGCGUUUGUUGAAGAUAUGAAUGAGAAUUGGGAUGAAAGGCGAAAGGCUUCUCAAAAGCAGAAACAAGGAGUGAAUCAGGAAGAGGAGGGAGGUGAUGGCGGCGGCGGCGGCGGUGGGUCGCUUUAUAGCUUGGAGAACAUAAAGAAAGAUUACAGAUUGCAGAAACAGAGGGUUCAUGCUAAUUUGUGGAUGAAGGAGAUUGAGAAGCAAGAGGAGGCUAGGUUGGGGGAUUCCGUUGCCGGCAGUGGGGAUGACAUUGAAAGAUUGAUGGAUAGCUGCUCUGAGAUUUUUGAAUCGGUCAAUGAUGAUUUAAACCAUUCAAAAGUUCCAAGUUCUAAGGAGUUCAGAAAUAAACCUGAUGGAUGGGAAACAUUAUCCAAAGGUCAUGAUGGAAAUGUAUGGGAGAUGACACAAAGAGAAGAAGACAUUCUCCUGCAGGAGUUUGAUCGUCGUAUUGCAUACAACAAAUUUCAGAUUGCUAGUUUCAUCAAGAGCCAUAUAUUUAGUCGUCGGAGACCAAUCGAUGGAUGGAAAUACAUGAUAGAGGAAUUUGGGCCAAAUGCCAAGAAAGGAAAAGGCAGCGUUUCAAGGUUGCCUAAUCUUUCUGAUUCUUCAACCCAACCCUUCAAGGAGGAAAAAGUUGUAGCCUCCCCUUCUCUCAAACCCUUGAGGAGGAGUUAACUAGGCAAGCUACUUAUUGGACCAUAUGUGACUUGACAAAAUUUGCAACCAUUAGAAGAGCCUCCAAGUCCAAUCUUAUCUUGUCAAUAAGAACUUUGCUCAACCGACACCUAUACUUAACUGAGGACAAGAAGUGUCAGGUUCAAACCCUCCAAUUCACAGCUUGUACUAAAAAAGAAAAAGUACAAUGUUAUGUUGGUCAUAUUGAUGUUUGUAAGUAACGAUUCUAAUAUGAGUUUGCCUGCCUAGAAACUAGAAUGUCAUGAAGCAAAAAUGAAAGUUUUGCACUUGGUUCAUAGAAGAAAAA